GACGGGCGGCGGGAGAAGGAGAAGGAGAAGGAGAUGGAGAAGGAGAAGGAGAAGAUGAAGAGUGUGCCCUUCCACAAGCUGUUUUCCUUCGCAGACGCGCGGGAUGUCGCUCUCAUGACGGCGGGGACGGUCGGCGCGGUGGGUAGCGGCUUGGCCAUGCCGUUGAUGACCAUCGUCUUCGGAGAGCUCAUCAACGCCUUCGGAGCCUCUGACAAGGAUUCCAUCGUCCUUGAGGUAUCCAAGGUGGUUGUAAAAUUUAUUUAUUUAGGCGCUGGAGCAGCUGCUGCAUCCUUUCUUCAGGUGGCUUGCUGGAUGGUUAGUGGAGAAAGGCAGGCAGCACGGAUCCGUUGUUUAUACUUGAAAGCAAUACUUAGACAAGAAAUUGAAUUUUUUGAUAAUGAAUCAACGACAGGAGAAGUGAUAAGUAGAAUGUCUGGAGGCACAAUACUUAUCCAAGAUGCUAUUGGUGAGAAGGUUGGCAAAUUCAUUCAAUUAUGUGCAACCUUGUUUGGUAGCUUCAUUGUUGCAUUGACGAAAGGUUGGCUCCUGUCACUCGUCCUAAUGUCAAGCAUACCUCUUAUUGCUGCUGCUGGAGCCGCCAUGUCAUUAGUUAUUUUCAAAUCUUCAAAUCGUGCGCAGAAGGCAUAUGCCCAAGCUGGUACUGUGGUUGAACACACAGUUGGAUCUAUUAGAACAGUUGUGUCUUUUAAUGGCGAGAAUCAAGCAAUUGAUAGUUACAAGAAUCUGAUAAAUAAAUCAUAUAAAGCUGCUGUUGGUCAGGGGGCUGCUGCUGGUUUUGGAAUGGGUGUUGUUAUGUUUAUUCUUUUCUGUUCCUAUGGUCUGGCUGUAUGGUACGGUGCCAAGCUUAUCAUAGAAAAAGGUUAUGACGGAGGAACUGUUUUCAAUGUUAUGAUAGCUAUCACUACAGGUGGAAUGUCUCUUGGCCAAGCAUCACCAUCCCUGUCUGCCUUUGCAUCGGGCCAAGCUGCAGCAUACAAAAUGUUCGAGACAAUCAACCAAAUACCGAGUAUCGAUGUUCAUGACACCAGUGGCAUUUUAUUGGAAGAUAUCAAGGGUGAGGUUGAACUCAGAGAUGUUCACUUCAGCUAUCCGUCGAGGCCUGAACAACUGAUAUUUGAUGGUUUCUCCUUGCGUAUUUCAAGUGGUACAACUAUGGCUUUAGUAGGAGAGAGUGGCAGUGGAAAAUCUACUGUGAUCAGCUUAGUGGAGAGAUUCUAUGAUCCGCAAAUUGGCGAAGUACUUAUAGACGGCGUCAACUUAAAAAAGCUGAAGCUUAAAUGGAUAAGGCAACAAAUUGGACUUGUUAGCCAAGAACCUGUCUUGUUUACCACCACUAUUAAGGAAAACAUCACGUACGGAAAGGAAAGCGCAACUGCUGAAGAGAUUUUGAGAGCUCUGGAGCUUGCUAAUGCUGCAAAGUUCAUCGGGCAGAUGCCAAAUGGGCUCGAUACCAUGGUUGGAGAACAUGGAACCCAACUCUCUGGUGGCCAAAAACAGAGGAUUGCAAUUGCAAGGGUUAUUCUGAAGAAUCCCAAGAUCCUGCUUCUUGAUGAAGCGACAAGUGCAUUAGAUGCUGAAUCUGAGCGAGUAGUUCAGGAUGCACUAGAGACGAUCAUGACAAAUAGGACCACGAUUGUUGUCGCCCAUCGUUUGAGCACCAUCAAGAAUGUUGAUAAAAUAUCAGUCGUGUCUCGUGGAAAGUUGGUAGAACAAGGAGCACAUGAUGAGUUGAUCAUGGACCCUCAAAGUUUUUACUCCCAACUAGUACAACUCCAAGAUGGUAAUAAACAUGCGAAAGAAGCUCCUACUACGUUCGUUGCCCAUGCACAGAAGUUGAGUCGAUCUGGCAGCAGUGAAUUGUCUAUCAGUAGAUCUUCAAGUAAAAAUUCAUCACUUGGACGAAACAGCACCUCUACCAGAAUAUCCACUCAUUUUCCCGUUGAACCCCAAGAUGGAAGUUCAACAGGAUAUCAAAUCGAAGAGAAGAACAAUCAUAACAGCAUUCACAGACAAGCAAAUAUUAAAAGACUGGCAUACCUAAACAAGUCGGAAGUACCUGUGCUUGCUUUGGGAUCCGUUUUUGCUGCAAUACAUGGGGCGCUAUUCCCUGUUUUUGGGAUUCUAAUUUCGAGCGUGUUUAAUACGUUCUUUGAACCACCACAUGAACUUCGUAAAGGCUCAAGGUUUUGGGCACUGAUGUACUGUCUUAUAGGGCUAAUCGCUUUUCUUGUGGUGCCAGUGCAGUACUAUUUAUUUGGAGUGGCCGGUGCCAAGCUGAUCCAGCGUAUAAGAUCCCUUUCAUUUGAAAAGAUGGUGCACCAAGAAAUCGGUUGGUUUGAUGAGCCGUCUAAUAGUAGUGGGCAACUAGGUGCGAGGUUAGCAACAGAUGCUACGACCGUGCGCAGGCUUGUGGGAGAUACUUUGGCUGUUAUGGUUCAGACUAUCGCAACAAUUAUUGUGGGAAUCGUGAUAGCAAUGGCGGCAAACUGGAAACUGGCACUAAUAAUACUUGUACUAGCACCUUUACUAGGCCUACAAGAAUUUUUUCAACAGAAGUUCCAUCGUGGUUUCAGUGGAGAUGCUAAGGCAAUGUACGAAGAAGCAAGCCAAGUGGCAAGUGAUGCGAUUGCCAGCAUCCGCACCGUAGCCUCUUUCACAGCGGAGGAGAAAUGCUUGGCUGCUUACCAAGCAAAAUGUGCAAUCCCAGUGAGUCGAGCACAAAAGCAUGGAAUGAUAAGCGGCUUGGGUUAUGGAUCUUCAUUUCUAAUGAUGUAUUGCACAUAUGCCCUCUGUUUUUAUGUCGGAGCUCGUUUUGUUCACGAUGGAGAGGCAAAUUUCUCCCAAGUAUUCAAGGUGUUCUAUGCUUUAUCCUUGGCAGCUCUCAUGGUUUCCAUUUCGAGCACCCUUCUCAUUGACUAUUCCAAUGCCAAGGAUUCAGCUGCCUCCAUAUUCGCCAUCCUAGAUCGCGAAUCUAAAAUUGAUUCUAGCUCCGAUGAGGGAGCUGUGAUUGGAAGUGUUAGAGGAGAUAUCAAGCUUGGAAACGUCAGCUUCAGUUAUCCAUCUCGCCCGCAUGUGAAGAUCUUCACUGACUUUUGCCUGAGCAUACCUCCCGGAAAGACUAUUGCACUGGUCGGACAGAGCGGUUGCGGAAAGUCCACAGUCAUUGCUCUUCUUGAGAGAUUCUACGAUCCUGAUGCAGGCUUUAUAUUGUUGGACGGAGUAGACAUCAAGAAGUUGAACAUUCGUUGGCUGAGGCAGCAGAUUGGGUUGGUGAGCCAAGAACCCGUGCUGUUCAAUGGUACCAUACGUUCCAACAUAGCUUACGGCAAGCAAGGGCCAGUAGCGGAGGAUGAGAUCAUAGCCGCCACCGAAGCUACCGGAGCUCAUCGCUUCAUCUCUGGCCUUCCUCAAGGAUACGACACCAACGUCGGUGAGCGAGGUGUGCAGCUCUCAGGUGGACAAAAGCAACGGAUAGCCAUUGCGAGGGCCAUCCUUAAGGAUCCUAAAGUGUUGCUACUUGACGAAGCGACGAGUGCGUUGGAUGCCGAGUCGGAGAGAGUGGUGCAAGAUGCACUUGAUCGAGCCAUGGUUGGGAGAACGACGGUAGUCAUUGCGCACCGGCUUUCUGCUGUUAGAGGAGCCGAUGCCAUUGCGGUGGUCCAGAAUGGCGCCGUGGUUGAGCGAGGACGACAUGAACAAUUGAUGGGGAUUGAGGAUGGCGUGUAUGCUUCUCUUGUUGCACUGCAAACAAGUCCGUCGUCACUGACAACAGCAUAA